CGCAAUUUCUGUUUCAUUUGAUUUGAUUCUCUGAUUCCUGAAUUUUCCCCCAAAUUUUGCAAUAAUUUGAAUCAUACAUUGUAACAAUACCUUGCUUAAACCCUAAAUAUUGUCAAUUGGGAACUUGAUUGAUGGUUUUUGUUUCUUAUGAAGUGGAAGAACCCUAGUUCAUAAUGUCGUGGGGAUUAGGAUGGAAGAGGCCAUCUGAUGUUUUUCAUUUGUCUCUAUAUUAUGGUACGGAGGAGGCAUUAGAUGAUCAGACUCGUUCAUCUUCGCCGUCACCAGAAUCGUCAUCAGGAUCGUCGUCGGCGGCGGUGGCAUCGCGAGAUGAUAAUAAUAAUAGUAAUAAUAGUAAUUGCAGCAAUCCGGAGCUAGGGUUUCGGAUCGAUCUCGAUUGGAAUGCUGGCGAUGACGAAGAUCAGGUUACUUUGAAGCUUCAGUCUCAGGUUAUGGUGGCGUUGCCGUUGCCUCAAGACACGGUUGUGAUUCGGUUGUCGGAGUGUGAUGACUCGGGUCGUGUUGGAACCGGUGAGGAGGUUGGUGAGUCGGGUCGUGUUGGGGAUGUAAAUGUGGUGGGUGUGGAGAUGAAGGUUGUGAAGCAGAGGGAGCCACUCAGGGCGGUGGCUAUGUCACGGGUCGGGGGGUCGGGUCAGCAGAAUGAUGGGAUGGGUGUGCUUACUAAGCUGUUGAAAUCGGAGUUUGCUGCUGAGCCUGGUCCAGGUCAUGCCGAGGGGCCGCGGGCUGAGUCCUGCGCCGAUCAUUGGAUGAAUGUCACUGUUGUCAGCCUCUAUAACUGUGGGUUAUCAAUGCUUCCAGUAGAGUUGACUAAACUGCCACUCCUCGAGAAGCUAUUCCUUGAUAACAAUAAGCUAACGCUUUUGCCACCUGAGCUUGGUGUUUUAAAAAACCUGAAAGUGCUCACAGUUGACUACAAUAUGUUGGUUUCAGUACCAGUUGAACUGAGGCAGUGUGUUGGACUUGUGGAAUUAUCACUUGAACAUAAUAAGCUAAUUCGCCCUCUUCUUGAUUUCAGGGCCAUGGCCGAAUUACGUAUUCUUAGGCUAUUUGGUAAUCCACUGGAAUUUCUUCCUGAUAUUUUGCCUUUGCAUCAACUCCGCCACCUUUCUCUUGCAAACAUUCGCAUUGUGGCAGAUGACUAUCUUAGAUCAGUGAAUGUUCAGAUAGAGAUGGAAAAUAGUUCUUACUUUGUCGCAUCACGACACAAGCUGAGUGCAUUUUUCUCUCUAAUAUUUCGCUUCUCCUCAUGUCACCAUCCUUUGAUAGCAUCAGCAUUGGCAAAGAUGAUGCAGGAUGAAGGAAACCGUGUAGUUAUUGGUAAAGAUGAAAAUGCAGUGCGACAGCUCAUAAGCAUGAUAAGUAGUGAAGACCAGCAUGUGGUUGUGGAGGCUUGUUCUGCACUUACUUCUCUUGCCUCAGAUGUAUCUGUGGCACUUCAGUUGAUGAAAUGUGACAUCAUGCAACCCAUCAAAAGAGUACUUACAUCUAUUGGCCCUCAAGAACUAAAAUCCGUUUUGCAAGUCGUGGCCAAGUUGGGUUUCAUCUCUGAUACAGUGGCCCAGAAAAUGCUUAGCAAGGAUGUGAUGAAAUCAUUAAAGUUAUUAUGUGCUCAUAAAGAUCCAGAGGUACAAAGGUUAGCUUUAAUAGCUGUCGGAAACUUAGCCUUCUGUUUGGAGAAUCGCCGCGUUCUUGUUGCUUCUGAAAGCCUAAGAGAUCUUCUCUUGCGGCUUACACUUUCAUCUGAGCAACGCGUGAGCAAAGCUGCAGCUCGUGUCCUGGCAAUUCUUGGGGAGAAUGAGAAUCUGCGACGUGCUAUCAAAGGAAGGCAGGUCCCGAAGCAAGGAUUGCGGAUACUUGCAAUGGAUGGAGGUGGGAUGAAAGGUCUUGCUACUGUUCAGAUUCUUAAAGAAAUUGAAAAUGGUACUGGGAAACAGAUACAUGAGAUGUUUGACCUUAUAUGUGGCACAUCAACUGGUGGCAUGCUUGCCGUUGCUCUUGGAAUAAAGUUAAUGUCCUUGGAACAAUGUGAAGACAUAUACAAAAAUCUUGGCAAGCUUGUUUUUGCCGAACCUGUUCCUAAGGAUAAUGAAGCAGCAACUUGGAGAGAGAAGUUAGAUCAACUUUACAAGAGCUCAUCACAAAGUUUUAGAGUUGUUGUACAUGGAUCUAAACACAGUGCUGAUCAGUUCGAGAGGUUGUUGAAAGAGAUGUGUGCUGAUGAGGAUGGAGAUCUGUUGAUAGAUUCAUCAGUGAAAAGGAUUCCCAAAGUUUUUGUGGUAUCAACUUUAGUCAAUGUGGCACCAGCACAGCCAUUUAUAUUUCGCAAUUAUCAGUACCCUGCUGGCACACCAGAAGUUCCUUUGAUUAUGUCAGAAAAUUUUUCAACCAAUGGACCAGGAAUCGCAACUACUGGUGCUCAAGUUGGAUACAAACGUAGCGCUUAUAUGGGAAGUUGUAGACAUGAUCUGUGGCAAGCUAUAAGAGCAUCAUCUGCAGCUCCAUAUUAUCUUGAUGAUUACUCUGAUGGUGUAUUACGCUGGCAAGAUGGUGCUAUUGUUGCAAAUAAUCCUACUAUAUUUGCAAUACGAGAAGCACAGCUUCUAUGGCCAGAUGCAAAAAUUGACACUCUGGUUUCAAUUGGUUGUUGUUCUCUUCCAACAAAGGCUCGUAAAGGUGGAUGGCGCUAUUUGGACACUGGCCAGGUGUUGAUCGAGAGUGCCUGCUCAGUUGAGCGGGUUGAGGAGGCAUUGAGCACAUUGUUACCAAUGAUUCCUGAAAUACACUAUUUUCGGUUCAAUCCAGUUGAUGAACGCUGUGAUAUGGAGUUGGAUGAAACUGAUCCCACAAUCUGGAUUAAGUUAGAGGCAGCAACGAAUGAAUAUAUCCAGAACAAUUCUCCCACGUUUAAAAAGUUGUGUGAGAGAUUGUUGCUGAACCAUACUGAUGAAAAGUUGCCAGAAAAUAUCAACUCUAAACAGCUUUUCAAGGCAAAAGGUCCAAAUUCUGGUGAAGAUGGUCCGUCCUUAGGCUGGAGACGUAACGUGCUACUCGUCGAAGCUUCUCACAACCCAGAUUCUGGACGAGUUUUUAACCAUGCUCGGUCACUUCAAACGUUUUGUUCUGGUCACGGUAUAAGAUUAUCUCUUCUGAAUGCUGCAUCAGGAACACUUAAGCAAGAACCGGGAACAUCUUUUCCCACACCCUUCACAUCACCAUUAUUCACCGGAAGCUUUCCGUCAAGCCCGCUUCUCUAUAGUCCUGAUCUUGGAGUUCAUAGGGUUGGCAGGAUUGAAUCAGUACCACAUUUAAGUCUGGAUGGAUUCCAUUCUGGAAGAACUUCUUCUCCGCCAGAAUCACCAACAGUUCCUAGACAGCUUUCUAUGCCUGUUCGAGUAUUGCUCGAUAAGUUACAGAAUUCACCACAGGUUGGAGUUGUUCACUUGGCUCUCCAAAAUGAUACAACUGGCUCAAUAUUAAGUUGGCAAAACGACGUAUUUGUGGUUGCGGAACCAGGAGAACUUGCCGAGAAGUUUUUGCAGAGCGUUAAAUACAGUUUGCUAUCAAUGUUGAGAGGCCGACGCAGGAGAUACACAUCAAUAAUUUCCAACAUAUCUAGUGUUGCUGAUUUGGUUGCCUGUCGGCCUUACUUUCAGAUUGGCGGUGUUGUACAUCGUUACAUCGGACGCCAAACCCAAGUCAUGGAAGACGAUCAAGAAAUAGGGGCGUACAUGUUCCGCAGGACAGUCCCUUCUAUGCACUUAACUCCUGAAGAUGUUCGUUGGAUGGUUGGUGCUUGGAGGGAUAGGAUCAUAAUAUGCACAUGUUUAUACGGUCCUUCACCCGCUCUAAUAAAGGCCUUCCUAGACUCCGGUGCUAAAGCUGUCAUAUGCCCAUCAUCUGAACCCCAAGAAAUGCAGUUGACCACAUUCCACGGGUCCACCGAGUUCAACGAUACCGAGAACAGCAAGUUUGUAAUCGGCGUAGACGAAGCCGAUGAAGAAUCUUCCGAGCCCACCAGCCCAGCCAGCGAUUGGGAAGACAGCGAGACCGAUAAGGGCACCACCACGGGUACGGAUAAAGGAAUGCUCGUUUGGGACGACGAUGAAGAGGAGCUCUCCAGAUUCAUCUGUCGCCUCUACGAUUCGAUAUUUAUGGGAGGAGCUCGAGUUAAUGUUGCGUUACAACAAGCACUUGGCUCUCAUCGAACGAUAAGGUAUUCUUGUCACUUACCUCGUGUACCGUAACCGUGUAUAAUAUUAAAGAAAAUACAUAUAAAUAUCCGAAAAGAAGGUUGGAAAACGAAAUAAUAGAGAGAGACGAUAUCCGAGACUAGUUACGUGACGACCCGACCCUGUGUUCGGGUCGGGUCGGGUCAGGACUAUAGACUAUAGAGAGUAUAUAAAACAUAUAAGAUGAAAUAGAGGAAUAAAACAUGAAAUUGAUUCAAAUUUUGAGGGUUAUAUGUUGGAAAUGUGAGUUAUAUGUAAACUUGUAUUUGUGGUGUAGACACCCUUCUAGGGUGUGUUUAUUUUAAGAUAGUUGUACUUGAUGCAUAAUAAAUUGUACUUCUUGUUUUCGUUAUGCUCGGUUUUG